AUGACGCUGUUGUGCGUGCCGCUGGUGGGGCGGACGGUGGAGGAGAUGAUUGCCGACGCGGCGGCCGCCGCCGCCACCGGCGGCGACAUGGUCGAGAUCCGGCUUGACUUCAUUCAGGGGUUCCGCCCGCACGAGCACCUACCGCCCCUGCUCCGCGGCUGCCCGCUCCCGGCCCUCGUCACCUACCGACCUGUCUGGGAAGGAGGCCAAUAUGAAGGUGAUGACACCACAAGAUUUGAGACACUACGUUUAGCAAUGGAAUUAGGUGUAGACUAUGUUGAUAUUGAAUUGAAGGUUGCAGACAAAUUUAUGAGCUUUAUUUCUGGCCAUAAGCCAGAGAAAUGUAAACUUAUUGUUUCUUCACAUAAUUAUGAAUAUACUCCAUCCUGUGAGGAAAUUACAAAUCUUGUUGCUAGAAUACAAGCAGUUGGAGCUGACAUAGUGAAAGUUGCAACAACCGCUAAGGACAUUGUUGAUGUAUCACGGAUGUUCCAAGUGAUGGUACACUGCCAAGUGCCUAUGAUUGGACUCGUAAUGAGUGAAAGAGGUUUAAUGUCAAGAGUGUUAGCGCCCAAGUUUGGUGGAUAUCUUACAUUUGGGAUACUGAAUGCUACAAAGACAUCAGCUUCUGGACAACCAACAGUUGAGGACUUACUGGACAUUUACAACAUAAAGUGUAUUGGGCCUGAUACAAAGGUUCUUGGUCUUAUAGCCAACCCAGUAAAGCAGAGCAAGAGCCCAAUUUUGCACAAUAAAUGUCUUCAAUCCAUUGGAUAUAAUGCUGUUUAUCUUCCACUUCUUGGAGACAAUCUUGCUAGUUUUCUUGAGACAUAUUCAUCUCCUGACUUUUCAGGAUUUAGUUGCUCACUUCCUUUCAAAGUAGAUGCUGUACAGUGUUGUGAUGAACAUGAACCAGUUGCUAAGUCAAUAGGAGCGAUAAACACCAUAAUUAGAAGACCAGAUGGCAAAUUAGUGGGGUACAAUACGGACUACAUUGGAGCGAUAUCUGCUAUUGAGGAUGGCAUUGGAGGUCCAGGAUCAAAGGACGCUGCCAGCUCACCAUUGGCUGGUAGGCUUAUUGUUGUUGUAGGUGCUGGGGGUGCUGGUAAGGCAAUUGCUUAUGGGGCAAAGGAAAAGGGUGCGAGGGUAGUUAUAGCAAAUCGCACCUAUGAGAAGGCUGUAAGUCUUGCCAACGCAAUUGGUGGUCAGGCCCUGAGAUUAGAAGACCUGGAAACUUUCAGACCUGAAGAAGGGAUGAUCCUUGCUAAUGCAACAUCAUUGGGGAUGUACCCAAAUGUUGAUGGUACUCCUAUUCCGAAGAAAGCUCUGUGUUUCUAUGAUGUGGUAUUUGAUGCCGUAUAUGCCCCAAAAGUCACAAGGCUUCUUCGAGAAGCAGAAGAAUGUGGAGUUAAAGUUGUUAGUGGUGUGGAAAUGUUUAUUAGACAAGCCAUGGGUCAAUUUGAGCGUUUCACCGGUGGUAUAGAAGCUCCUGAAUGCCUGAUGCGUGAGAUAGCAGCAAAAUACACCUAG